UUCACUUUGGACUCGUAAAGCUCACACAAUUGCUACAAUUGUUUGUAGUCGAUCUCCAUUCCCCCAGUAAUUAGGCCACAAAUCAAAUCUCUCUUGUGCCCUAAUAACCUCCUGUUAUAAUUAGCCAAUUGAUGAUAUACAUUAGCAUGACUCUUCACUGGUCUCUUCUGCUGUUCAUUGCCAUUGCUUUGGUUUCUUCAGUUGCUCAGGCUGCUGUUGUGGAGCACACCUUCAAUGUUGGCAACUUCUCCAUCAGCCAACUUUGCCAGCCGCCGCUGAUCAUCACCGCCGUCAAUGGCCAGCUGCCCGGCCCGACGAUCUACGCUCGCGAGGGCGACACGGUGGUCGUACACCUCGUCAACACCUCGCCAUACAGCAUGACCCUCCACUGGCAUGGUGUGCUCCAACGUGGCACGCCGUGGGCGGACGGUCCGGCGAUGGUGACGCAGUGCCCGGUGCAGCCCGGCGGCAACUACACGUACCGGUUCAACGUCGACGGGCAGGAGGGCACGCUGUGGUGGCACGCCCACGUCUCGUUCCACCGCGCCACCGUCUACGGCGCACUCGUCAUCAGGCCCCGCGGCGGCGCCAAGGCCUACCCGUUCCCCAAGCCCGACAAGGAGCACGUCGUCAUCCUCGGCGAGUGGUGGAACGCCACCGUCUACGACAUGGAGCGCAUGGCGUUCCUCACCGGCAUCCCGGCGCCCCACGCCGACGCCUACACCAUCAACGGCAAGCCCGGCGACUUCUACAACUGCUCCGCCCCUAAUCAGACGGCCAAGUUCGAGGUGAGGCAGAACGGGACGUACUUGCUCCGGAUCAUCAACGCCGGGAUGAACACGCCGCUGUUCUUCAAGGUGGCGAAGCACCGGCUCACCGUCGUCGGGGCCGACGCGUGCUACACCAAGCCGUACAAGACGGACGUGGUGGUGGUCUCGCCGGGGCAGACGGUGGACGCGCUCAUGGUGGCCAGCGCCGCCGUGGGGCGGUACUACAUGGCGGCGUCGCCGUACGACAGCGCCAUCCCGCAGGGCCCGCCGUUCAGCGACACCACCGCCACGGCCAUCCUGCAGUACGCCGGCGCGCGGCGCAAGACGGUGCGGUGGCGGCCGCCGGUGCUCCCGCGGCGGCCGCCCGUCAACGACACGGCCACCGCGCACCGGUUCUUCUCCGGCAUGACCGCGCUGCUGCGCCACGGCAAGCCGUCGGCGGUGCCGCUCGCCGUGGACACCCACAUGUACGUCACCGUCGGGCUCGGCGUCUCCCUGUGCCAGCCGGAGCAGCUGCUCUGCAACCGGAGCGCGCCGCCGGUGUUCUCGUCGAGCAUGAACAACGCCUCCUUCGUCGUCCCCAAGAACACCUCCCUUCUCGAGGCCCACUUCAGGCGCGAGCCGGCCGGCGUCUACACCCGCGACUUCCCGGACACGCCACCGGUGGUGUUCGACUACACCGGCGACGAGAGCGACAACGCGACGAUGCAGUUCACGACCAAGUCGACCAAGGUGAAGACGCUGCGGUACAACGAGACGGUGGAGAUGGUGCUGCAGAACACGCGGCUGAUCGCGAAAGAGAGCCACCCGAUGCAUAUCCAUGGAUUUAACUUCUUCAUCCUCGCGCAAGGGUUCGGCAACUACGACAAGAGGAGGGCGGAGAGGAGGUUCAACCUCGUCGACCCUCAGGAACGUAACACCAUCGCCGUGCCCACCGGCGGCUGGGCUGUCAUCCGCUUCGUCGCCGACAAUCCUGGGAUGUGGUACAUGCACUGCCACUUCGACGCUCAUAUUAGCCUUGGGCUGGCCAUGGUGUUGGAGGUUUUGGACGGGCCGACGCCGGAGACAUCCGUGCCGCCACCGCCGGCGGACCUUCCACGGUGUUCAUGAGAUCACGCCGGCGGCGAAUUAAAUUUUCGUAUAUUUAUAAGAUUGUGCAUAUAUAUAGCCAGGUGUAUAUGUGCUUGCAUGAGAUCAAUCAGCGAAGCAGAUGAAUUAUAUAUUUGUUGAUUACAACAUACAAUUUGCAUAAAUUGAUUACACGGUAUGAUUUGAUGAGUAUUAUGUGUCCUUUAAAAAAAGUUAAUUAUUGGAA